GAAUUAUGGUUCCAUUGGACGAAUACCUUCUACACGGAUGGGAGAAGCAUGGCUCUUCCGUAAACGCUUUAAUGAGGCACAGACAUUGAUGCGGAAACAAGAUGAUUGGUGUAAAGCUGCAGAAAAAUUAAGUGGCGACGAACAAUUGAAUUCAUAUUUUCCGGAAGAUCUUCGACUUGAAAGUUUGGUGGCAUUAUUAAGAGGCGAUGUGAAGCUGAAUGUCCACUGUUAUGAGACCACUGAUAUAGAAGCAAUUAUUCGACAUUCUUUGGAAUUUAAUUUUACUAUUACAGCUUUACAUCAUGCGCUAGAUGCUUAUCGUAUUACUGAAAUGAUUAAAACGCGUGUAAAAAAUAAUAUCACUAUUGCAACAUUUUCUGACUUGUGGGGAUACAAAAAGGAAGCAUUUCAAGCUAGUACAAAGUCACUGAAAAUUUUAGCUGAUGCACAAAUUCCCGUAGCUAUAAAAUCUGAUCACGAUAUAAUAAAUGCGCAAACUUUGAUGUUUGAAGCUUCCAAGGCAAAUUAUUAUGGCCUUGGUGAACAUCUUUCCCUUGCAUCCGUCACAUCAGUGCCUGCAAAGGCGCUUGGUUUAGAUCAUCGCAUUGGUCAAAUUUCAAAGGGAUAUGACGCUGAUGUUGUGGUUUGGGAUUCUCAUCCACUUGAUUUGGGUGCAACUCCAUUAGAAGUUUAUAUCGAUGGAAUUCCUCAAUUCAACACUUCAUCAUGUGUACUUGGAAACGAUUCAUCGAAACAAAUCCCAUCAAAAUCUAUACCAAAGUCAAAUUUUACACGAGAGCCUGCUAAAUCACAAUUAACCUCUUCUAUUGUGUUAAAAAAUGUUGGCAAGAUUUAUGUUGAUAAGAACCAUGUAAUUGAUACCACUUCAUCAACACAAGGAGAUAUUCGCGUAAUAAUUAAAGAUGGCAUUGUUGAAUGUAUUGGUAUUAAUUGUACAGAACCAGAUCAUAUUUCAUCGUAUGAAGUAAUUGAUUUAAAUGGUGGAUACGUAUUGCCGGGAUUCAUUGCUGUUGCGCCAUCUCUAGGAUUAUCAGAGAUCGAUAGUGAAUCCUCCACAUCAGAUGGUAAAGUGACAGCUGUAUCCAAUCCUAACGACGCUGAAAAAAUUAUUUACGCAAUCGAUGGAUUAAAAUUGGGAGGCAAACAUUUAGAGGCCGCAUAUAAGGCUGGAAUACUUACUGCCGUCACAGCACCUCUCUCGUCUAAAGGAGUGUUUAUUGGGGUUUCUAUGGCAUUUGAAACCGGCGGUAGUUCUGAUUAUGAUCCUAAUCCGAUUGUUAAGGAACAUGUAGCACUUCAUGCUAAUAUAGGGGCUGAAUUCAAAUAUACCACCAUACCGACAGUCUCAGGUCAGAUUGCUUUGAUAAGAAAAGCCUUGUUAAAGAAUCUAAAGCAACAUAAUGUCUUUGGUCGUGCUGCACGAGGAGAUAUCCCUUUAGUAGUACGAACUCACAGCAAAGAUGAAAUUGCUUCAUUGAUCCGAUUGAAAAUUCAAAUUGAAAACAAUGGAGGACAUUUAAAACUUGUGAUAUUGGGUGGUACUGAAGCACAUUUGCUUGCCGUUGAAUUGUCUAAACAUAAAAUACCUGUAAUACUUAUCCCAUCCCGACCUACUCCAAAGUUAUGGACGGCUCAACAUGCAUUAACAGGAGCGCCUAUUACCAAUACAACCGGAAUUGAGAUACUUCAUGCGAAUAAAGUUAUAGUAGGAAUAGGUGUAAUAGAAUCAGGUAGGGAAAGAAAUUUAAUUUGGGAAGCUGGCUGGGCAGGUAUAAAUUCUAGAGGGGUUAUUUCCGAAAAAGAUGCGCUUGGAUUUAUUUCAUGGAACUUGGAAGAAAUUUUUGGCUUAGAUGGGAGAAAUAGAAGGUUAAUGAAAGGCAAAAUUGCAAAUUUUGUAGCGUAUGAUGGGAAUCCUUUUGAUAUGAAAACAAGGGUGAAAAUUGUUGCUGGAGGUGGUAAGAGUAAAAUUCUUAUUGAUCCUCAGCAAGAUUAA